AUGAUUAGCACAAAGAAGCUCAUCAGAAUGGCAAGGAAGUGGAGGAAGAUAACUGCCAUUGGGAGGAAAAUAAUUACUUCACCAAGGACUAACGGAAAGAUGGUUGCUGCAGAUGGUUCUAAUAAAGCAUCAGUCGCUUAUAAAGGCCAUUUUGUUGUCUACACAAUGGAUAAGAAGUGUCUUGUGAUUCCCUUGGCGUAUCUCAGCAACAGCAUUUUCCGAGAACUUUUUAAGAUGUCUGAGGAGUUUGGACUGUCAAGCGAUGGGCCUAUAACAUUGCCGUGUGAUUCAGUCACCAUGAGUUACAUAGUCUUGUUGGUACAACGAGGGUUAGCUAAGGAUUUGGAGAAAGCAGUGCUCAAUUCCAUGACUGGGCACCGCUGCUCAUCAUACACUACAUUUUUCCAUGAAGGACAUGCUGACCAACAGUCACUUGUUUGUGGGUUCUGGCAGCAAUUGAUAGCAGUUACAAUGUUUAACAUAACCAACUCUGACAAGGACUGA